GUAAAUUUUUUGCUCGCUCGACUGACGUCGAUAUUCUCGCUCUUGAGUUUUCUUUCCCAUUGUUUUGGAUUAUCAAUUGAUUUGACAGACAAUUCCGAUUUCGCUAUCUAAUCUAUAAUGAACUUGUAAUCUUAAAAUAAUCGUAUUGAUAAAAUAUCAGUGAUUUGUCGUAAUAUAAUGAACGUUUUCUUCAUCAAAGCGUAACAGUGAGAGGUGAAGAUAUUAAAAAAUCUUGUUUUUUUCUCGCGACAAAUGUUAUUUGGUGCUCGAUAUGGAGGAUUAUAAGUUUCUAUUUAAAGUAGUGUUAGUUGGUAAUGCGGGGGUCGGGAAAACUUGUUUGGUUCGUCGAUUUACCCAAGGCCUUUUCCCACCUGGCCAAGGUGCGACAAUUGGUGUUGAUUUCAUGAUCAAGACUGUGGAAGUGGAUGGUGAAAAAGUGAAGCUGCAAAUAUGGGACACAGCUGGUCAGGAGAGGUUCCGGUCCAUAACACAGAGUUACUACAGAUCGGCGCAUGCACUUAUAUUAGUGUAUGAUAUCUCAUGUCAGCCCACAUUUGACUGUCUACCUGACUGGCUCAGGGAAAUUGAGGAGUAUGCCAACAAUAAGGUUUUAAGGAUACUAGUGGGUAACAAAACAGACAGAGAGGACCGUGAGAUCCCGAGGCACAUCGGCGAGGACUUCGCGCAGCGCCACGGCAUGUACUUCCUAGAGACGUCAGCCAAAGAGGCCGAGAAUGUAGAGCGAUUGUUUAUGGAGAUCGCCGUCGAACUCAUGGAGCAAGCGAAAUGCAAGGAGUUGCCGAAAUACGACGGCAGUUUAGGACCGAUCAACGGCAAAACGACAUCAGUAGGCGAUAGUUCAUGUUGUCUGCGCUAGUGAUUGUAAUGAAUUCAUUUCAUUGAUAUUAGUUAACGUGUUGCGGUGUUUUUGAAGCUCUUUUUUACUCUAACCAGUGGUCUUAAGGCCAAUAACGAUUUUAAAAUUUCAAAUAUUCGUCUUAUAAAAUUCUAUCAUGACAUUUUUAUUGAUGUUGUCAAAUAUUUAUUGACACGGAGGGAGGUUUUUUCUAUUCUAUAUGAAAUAUGAUCUCAAAAUGUUACUCGAGUAUGGGGACAGUGAACAUUAGAUGCAAUAAUUAUUGAUCAGAUUUUAAAUGAUUUACGCAAAGAACGACGGAACCUUAUCGUAGGAGCUUUUAUUAAUAACUUUAAUUUUGUUUCACUCAGACUCAGCUCGCGUAUACGAGAGCGAGUGAGAUAGCAAGAUUAUGUAUACACAUAGUGAAUAUAACAAUUAAUACUUUAUUAUAUUACGAUUUUAAGCACCUUAAAGUUGUUGCUAUCAAGGGAAUCGCACACUUCCUCCCGCAGUAAUAAGGUUUUAUUUAGAUAAACGCGCGCUAGCCAGAUGAUAUUUAUUAUUUAGAUUUUAUUAUUGGAUUAUGUAAAUAAAAAGCCUAUAUUAGAUUGAAUAUUUCAUAUUAGUUACCACUGCUUGAAGGAAUUGAGAUAAUGUUGUUAACGAAUUACAUAACGAUUUUAUUUUAGUCGUUUUUUUUUAUAUUUUUGAUUUUAAGUUUACAUUCAAUUUAAAAUUCUUGCCAACGAAUCAACGACUGAUAAGAAUUUUUAUACCUAAUAUAAUUAUUUGUAUAUUUUGUUUUUAUAUUUUAAUUUAUUUCAAGAACACCGUAUCACAGGCAUCGCGUAUUUUGUAGUACGGAGGUCAUUCCACUCGCUUUUAAGUGCUGUGCCGUUAGUAGCAAUGUCAUGACGUCACAUCGUCAUUCGUCGAUCAUUUAUCAUUCAAAGUGUCAAUUCAUAGAUGUAGUGUCGGUACCAUUAUCUUGCAUAUCAAGUAUGAAUUGUAUUUAUAGUGUAAAAUUGAGACCAAGCAUAGUUUUAUUCGUUUCAAUGUACAUUGUAUGUGUAGGUCGACAGCGGAGACGAGUGAAAUCUUUGACUAAUGAGUAUUUAAUUAAUUGUUUUCUUAGAGAUCGUCUAAACACGCGCACUGAUCGUUGAUUAUUAAUUGUAAUUAGCUUCUGAGUAUGUAAUUAUGUUUAUAUACUGGUCACGUAGUUCUAAUAAUAAUUAUUGUAAAAGUAAUUUCCAAUACUUCGUUUUGAUAUCCGAUGGAUGAAUAUGUAUAGAAUAUUCGAUCGUAACUGUUCGUGACUACAAGCCAUAAACUACAAAAAAGUCGAUUUGUUGUAUAUGCGUAGUGAUGUGAAUAAAUAAUCGUUAAAAUUUAUCGAUUAUACAUCGACAAAAAUCUUUAUUUGAAAAUAAUUUGCAGUAAAACAAGCUUUUUUUUACAGAUCUUUGCGUGUUAGAUAGCGUGUUGAUUAAGAAUUAUUGGAACGGUCGCGUUGGCUGUAAUUAUUCUAAUUAAUGUUAAUUGGUAUAAAGAAAUGUCGAGAUUAUUACUCGCCUUCGCUGUUUAAAAUCAAAAGUCAUGACAUUGUCUCAAUAUAAUCGAGUUAUACAAUUGUGCUGUUUGCAAUUUCGUUAUUAGUAGAAUUUAGUGUACGCCCUGGAUCGUAUGUAAAAAGGUUUUAAAUAUCUCUUGUUGUUUAAAGGAGUUGAUUUCUUCAUUUUUAAUGCAACCAGUGUUAUAAACUGGCUGGCUAUACAAUGCAUGCUGAAAUUCUUGAGUGUUUUGUAAACAUACUAUCGGAUGAUGUUUGAUACGAAUCGUAUUAAUUAUGGUAUUCGGACUUUAAGAUAAAAGUCGUAGACGUGACAUAGGAUGUUCCGAAUGAAAAUUUUAAUGAUAGAUAAAAAGAAUUCGCGGAUAGCUAUGUUAAACGUUGAAACCGAAUUCUAAAUAUUAGCGUGGAAACGUGAAGACAGAUCUUUUCGUCAGCUUCAAACGUUAUUCAUGUUGUGGAUUAGAUUAACAAUUAAGUACCACCGUAAAGGCUGUAGACACACGUCCGAUGGUAUGUUUGCAACUUAGGGCAAACGCUCAUUUCCGCCUCACGAAAGCAAUUAAUGAGACAAAACAGUUUAGUCUACGUGAGAUAAAAUUGUUUUGUCUGUCUUACUUGAUUUUUCGCGGUGCCCUUUGGUAGCUAGAAGGCAGUAUCGUUGAUAAAACCUUUGUAUUGACUACUUGAAGUAUAACCUUUUUUGUCUCAAAUGAAUGUUGACUACCAGCCAGUUACCAGUGACCAUUAUGUUGGUAAAAAGUUUUUAUGCAAUUGAAUGUUCAGUAUUUUACUUGUACUUAUGUUUCCAUAGUAUUACUAAAUAUACUAGUACACUUUAAAUCAUUUUUACAUAUUAUAGAGGGCGCUUAGAUCGCCUCUCGGGAUCGUCAACUAGAACAUGUAGGUUUAAUAUUACUGAAAUACUAUUUUGUAGAUGAUUGACUAGAAUUUUGUGUACAUUAAUAUAAACAUUUAGAACUGAAUGGUAAUCACAGGAAUUAUUAAAUCUGAGACUGUUAUCACUACAGGACAAUAUGCAUGUUUUGAAUUAAAUUGAAGUAAAGGCAACAUGAGGCACCUUUAUUAUUGUUUUUAAUGCAGCUUUAAAUUAAUAUGGCAUUUUAUUUGUUUUUUUUUAAUCUUAAUAAUUUAUCUCGGUCUUUACUUCAAUUUAAUUUUGUGAUUAAAGGAUUUAAGUAUGAUAAUCAAGGAAACUAAUAGUUGAUAUGAAUAGAGUACGUGUUGUAAUAGUAUUAGGGUCACUUUUGUUACAUUCCUUAAGGUUCGGACAGUUUAACUCGUCUGUGCGCGCAGUGCUAUGUGUGUGUGCGAUUGUUUACUAUGGAUGCUUUAAUUUGUGUGACAGUGACACACUAAUAAAAACUAUAUUAGUACAACAACACUACUUUUUCAAUGGUUAUCCACACAAAGCACCAUGCGAAUAUAUGAGUUGAAUUGACUUCAAAAGGUUGUCUAUAGUCGGUUGAUAAAAGUAAGCAGGAUAGCAUUAUGCUAAGAGUCUAUUUUGGAAAUAGAAGCUUUUUAUAUUUUAUGAAAAUAGGUUCUAUUACAUGUUACAUUGCA